UGGUCUGGACCAGCUUCACCCACUUCCGCCAGGACUUCCUGCUGCCGCCGUCCCGGUGGCAGUUCCCGGAAGUUGCUCCACGUGGCGGACGGUUUCCUCAGGUCCUCUGGGACGCUAAAGGAGGAUCCCGGGUCCGGACGCAGCUAGCCCUGGUGAACAGAGAGCCCUGGACACCAGACUCUGCCCAGGAGGAAGCUGGCCCGUCCUGCCCUGACUCCUCCUUUGUCACGCCCAGAUCUGUUUCUCGAGUUCUCUGUGUUUCAGAGCGACAGCAAUGAAUAAAUCUCUGGGGAUGGUGGUGUUUGAGGAUGUGGCCGUGGGCUUCACCUGGGAAGAGUGGCAGCAUCUGGAUGAUGAGCAGAGGACCCUGUACCGGGAUGUGAUGCUGGAGACCUACAGUCACCUGGUGUCUCUGGUUGAUAUCACAUUGUUGUUUGGAUUUGCAUUCCCUUAUAAUCACCGACAACGAACACUUUUCCAUGUGCCUACAUCAUCGGACAGCUUUUAAAAAUUGUGUUGCUGUCACUCUUCAAAUACUGUGACCUUCAG